GAUGGAUUCCUCCAUGAGGAAAAGAGUUCCCGCCUCAAAGAAAGCACCAAAAAUUGUUGAUGAAUGGGUGUAUGAAAAAAGAAACGAAAGACCUAUAAGGGCGCCUUUACUUCCGGAGUACGUCUGGGUUAUUGUAUUUGCCUUGAAUUUUGUACUGUUUAGCUUUAUACACCUUGCUGACAAUAGUUAUCCAGAACCGAAAUUCUUGAGAACUGCCAAACCCGGAGAAUUUGUCGAAGAAAGAGCUAGGGAGCAUCUUUUAAAACUUACAAGUUUUGGUCAGAGAUCGGUGGGAAGUCAAGCAAAUGAAGUCCACAGCGUAAAAUACCUCACAGAACAACUGAACCAGAUAAAGAGCAAUGCAAAACCAGCGCACAAAUUUGAUGUUGACGUUCAAACAGUCUCAGGGACUUUCACUCUUGAAUUUCUUGGCCAUUUUACAAGUGUAUAUGAAAAUGUAAAUAAUAUUUUGGUCAAAAUGGGGCCUCAUGAAGACACUGGUACAAGCCUUUUAGUAAAUUGCCAUUAUGAUACAGCUAUUGGGAGUCCAGGUGCCAGUGAUGAUGCAGUAAGUUGUUGUGUGAUGUUAGAAAUCCUGCAAGUCUUAACUCAGCAGGAUGAGUCACUGCCGCACAGUCUGAUUUUCAACUUCAAUGGAGCUGAAGAAAAUGUUCUGCAGGCUGCACAUGGAUUUAUAACUCAGCAUCCAUGGGCCAGUAGUAUCAAGGCAUUUGUCAACUUGGAGGCAGCAGGGGCUGGUGGAAGAGAACUGGUAUUCCAGACAGGUCCAGAGCACCCCUGGUUGAUCCAAGCUUAUGCCUCUGCAGCUGAUCACCCAUAUGCCUCUGUUGUGGGACAGGAGGUAUUUCAAAGUGGCAUCAUCCCAUCUGAUACUGACUUCAGAAUCUACAGGGACUAUGCACACAUACCAGGUAUUGAUAUAGCCUACAUAUCUAAUGGGUAUGUAUACCAUACAAUGCAUGACACUCCAGACAAAGUGCCUCCAGGGUGUAUGCAGAGAGGUGGAGAAAAUGUUUUGAAAACCAUCCAGACUCUGUUGGCCUCUCCUUACCUUGAACACCCUGGUGACUAUCGCCAUGGAAACAUGGUGUUCUUUGACGUUGUAGGAACAUUUAUGAUAUCCUAUCCAGAAAGGCUGGGGGAAAUUCUGAACUUGUUUACUGUUUUGUUAGUAUUUUGGAGGAUUGGAAAGAAAGUUGCUUCAGAAAGCAGCAAAAAUCUGCAUGGCCUCUUUUAUGUAACAACACUGGUGAAAGCUCUGCUGUGCAUUCUCAUGUCCUGGGCUGCAGCUGUAUGCACUGUGAUUGGUGUAGCUGGGUUGCUAAUGGCAACUCAGUGCACCAUGGCCUGGUAUGGAAAUCACCUCUGGGUGGUGGGGUUAUAUGUCUGUCCUGCUGUAGCUGUCUCCAUUGCUCUUCAUGCAUACUUCAAGACUCUGAUAUUUGAGGACCAACAAGAUGAGUGGGAGUUGGAGGAUGUAUUCUUUGAUGCCAGUCUUAGUGUGUGGACCAUGUUCCUUAUCAUUCUAACUUACAAUGGCCUUGGGUCAGCCUACUUUGCCCUGUUAUGGACACUGCUACCUAUUCUUAUAAGGGGCUACCUAGCCAAGUUUAUGAAGAUUACUGCCAAAGGUAACUUGGCUGGUUUUAUGCUGCUCCACUUUGUGGCUAUUCUGUUUCCAAACCUAAUGUCACUGUACGGGCUGUAUGGGUUAUUUGAGAUGUUUGUGCCAGUCCUGGGGCGGAUAGGAACCGAGGUGUACCCAGACGUGGCAGUUGCUGGGAUGAGUGUGUUUGCUGUGAUAGUGUGCAUGUUAUUUCAGCUUGGACUGGUUUACACAACACAUUCUGUUCGUAAGAUAUUGUCCCUCCUGACAAGCAUGUCUGUGAUAGCUUUGCUCCUUGUCAUUUUUACUCCCUUUGGUUUCCCAUAUCAAGAGCUCACUCCACAAAAGAGUGUUUUGCACCAUAUAGAGCGUAGAUUUCACACUGUCUCAGGAAAUCUUUCAACAAAAGACUCAGGGUUAUGGUACAUUCCAUUUGAUCAACCUGGCACCCUGUCGUCAUGGCAACGCAAGAUACCCAGGUUGGAAGAAGGCAUUGUGGCAGAGUGCAAGGGUCCAUACUGUGGUUGGCCUUACUAUUAUCCCAUGCUUACACUCAUGAAGCAAACCUACUACAUUCCUUCUGGUGAGCUAAAAGACACACCCAGGGGACAAAUUAAGCUGGUGUCCAGAGAAGACCUUAGUGACUCCAAGCAGAUGUUAACAUUUCAAAUUGAAGGUCCAGAUCAUAUGACCAUAUUUUUCCAACCUAAACCAUGGUCCCACCUGGUCAAGUGGUCCAUGGGUGAUGGUAAUCCACUGCCAUGCUCCAUGCCUCCAGAAGCAGAGGGAGACCACUACUUUGUGUUUUACUCAUAUGGAACUAAACCAAAGAAGCCAUACCAGUUCUGGAUUGAACUGGAGAUAACAGCUGACCAUCCUGCUGACAAAGGAUUUAUUGAUAUAGCCAUAGCAGCCCAUCAUGUACAUGAGAAGUACAGAGAGACCAAAGAGCUUGUAGAAUUCCUGAACAAGAUGCCAAAGUGGACAUUCACCACUAACCUCACAAGUACCUUUGAUAAUUAUAUUUUUUAAAUUCAUUUUGGACAGCCUUCUGUAUAGAUGUGAUAGGAAUUUGCUGUGAUUUUUUUCUAUGAAUAAAUUACAUAAUGAAAGUUGAAAAUUUGUCGAUUUAGGUAUAUUUUUUGUUUUAAUUUCUUAUGUUGUUAUGUUAAUCAACCCUGAAUGGCGGCUGUGCCAUUGCUUGCUGCUUUUUGCCAAGGUCGUUGAAGUUGACAUGUGAAUUAGAUACUAAAUAAAAUUGCUCAAAAUAGAUGAAGAGAAACUGUUGUAUUAAGGUGAUAAGAGACACGUCCAAAACUCUAUAUUGUCCGAAGCUUUAUAUUUCAAAGAUCACCCAGAUAAACUUAUGAAGCACAAAUAUUUAGUAAAUUUAGGUUUAAGAAAUAAAUGUUAGCUGAUGAUUCGUUAUUUUAUUAAAAAAUGAAUGAUAUUUUAACCCCUGGAUGUAAUAUUUAGGUAGUGUUUCAUCAUUGUACUGAUGGUGACUAAUUUAGACAUUAAUCGAUGAAAAAAGUUGAUUAAGAUUUUAUGAGCAAGAUUGAAUUGAUGAUAGAAAAAUGCAAAUAAUGUAUUAUCUGUCAGAUUUGCAAUAUCUCUCUUUCCUGUUGUAGGAAUUAUUGUUUUACCAGCUGAAGAACAUUAUACUUUUAUGGCAAUAUAAGUGGAUCAUGUUUCCACAAUCUGCAAGUAUUUGUACAUUUCUAUGUAUUAUUUUUUAUGCUAGCCUUGUGAAGUGUUUAUAUUGCUUAAUUAUUUUAUUUGUGCACAAACUUUUAUUUUAUUGUAAGGUAGCUGAGAUGUUUUGACUUUUGUAAAUAUCACUGAGGAUAAUGCAAAUUUUUUAGAUAAAUUAUCUUAAGUUUUUACCAUUAUGACAUUGAUAUGUAUAACGCAAUAUACAUAGAAAGAAGGUAGUUAACCUUUUCCCUCAGUGGCAGUGAAAGUGAGGAAAUUUGUAGUUUAGUAAAUAAAAAAACAUUCCAGUCUCUAUUGUUAGCAUUACCCAUUAUCUUAGUUUACCUACAUUUUGAUGAAUAUUCUUUUGAAAUAUAUUCCUUUUUUGUUUGUUUGUUUGUUUGUUUGUUUGUUCUUACCAAAUUACUUCCAGGGUUUUAUUACUUCCCAGUUUUUGUGAUUUGCUUAAGGCUUUUAAAGAGCAAUUGUAUCAUUAUGGCACCACUUGAUAAUAAACGCAAUCAGCAUGCUCAC